UCACUCACACAGUUCAGAGUUGAAAGUGGAGGAAAGCUUCAGCAUGGCGGCUUUAGUGAAGUGCAGAGUGCUGGUUCAGGCUUUCCGAUGUCAAACAAGCAUUAUUAACGGCGUGUGCAGGUCGGACAGUGUUUUGCAUACAUUUCUAACCGAGAGGGCGCAUUGUGCGCGUCACGUUUUCAACGGAGGUGUCCGACUGCACAGCUCCGAGGUUAAGUCUGGAGAUGACCUUAUCGUUAGACACCUGGACGGUGAAGACUCAGGGAUUGUUGUUUUGGGGAUAAAUCGCCCUGAAUCUAAAAAUGCCAUCAGCAAGAAUCUUGUUACAAUGAUGUCUGAAGCCGUAGAGUCAUUGAAGAAGAACAACAAAGUGCGUACUGUGAUUUUAUGCAGUCUGGUGCCUGGAGUAUUCUGCGCAGGUGCAGACUUAAAAGAAAGAGCAAAGAUGCACCAGAGUGAAGUAGGACCUUUUGUUACUAAAGCAAGGACACUUAUAACAGAGCUUGGUAAUCUUCCCAUGCCAACGAUUGCAGCUUUAGAUGGGGCGGCUCUCGGAGGGGGUCUUGAAAUGGCUCUUGCCUGUGACAUCAGAGUGGCAGCUGCCUCUGCUAAGAUGGGAUUAGUUGAAACUAAAUUGGCCAUCAUCCCCGGCGCUGGGGGAACUCAGCGCCUGCCCCGAACUGUAGGAGUGUCCGUAGCUAAAGAGCUGAUAUUCGCGGCGCGGGUGCUGAGCGGCGAAGAGGCCAAACGUCUCGGCCUAGUCAAUCAUGCGGUGGAGCAGAAUCCCAGUGGAGAUGCGGCGUAUCUGCGAGCUCUGGAUCUGGCUCGAGAAUUCAUCCCUCAGGGGCCGAUUGCGAUUAGAAUGGCGAAGUUGGCAAUCAACCAAGGAAUGGAGGUGGAUUUGAAGACAGGAUUGGCUAUUGAAGAGGCAUGUUACUCUCAGGUGAUCCCAACCCAAGACCGGCUGGAGGGUUUGCUGGCGUUCAAAGAAAAGCGUCCUCCUCGCUUUAAGGGCGAGUGACACUGGCCUAACCAACCCAGUUACAAGCAGCCACCUUCUACACCGCCUUUUCGGGUCCCGUAAAGAUCGUUGCACACCUGAAAUAUUGUGAGCACUGCCAUGAUAGUCAGAUCUGUUGGCAUUUCAGCUGAAAUGUGGGAGAGCUUGAAAGAUGAAAGCUAUGCCUUCGCCAGUGGAUCAGCUUUUUUGGCAUGGUAUGUCCUUUGUGAUUAUGAACUUUGUUUCUUUCUGUUGUUUGUUUGUUACAUAAUGUAAAGAGACUUUGUUCAUUCUCAUCAGUUCAUAUAAUACAGAAUGCACUUCAAACUAACUCAAAAUGGGAAUGAACUAUUACAUGUCAUUAUAAGACAGUUGUAAGUCUCACACUAAAUCUGGUUGUGUCGGGUGAUUCCAGGAAUCAGCACUGAUAUUAAGCAUUAAAGCUGCUUUCCCGUCAAA